CUCAACAAAGCCGGGUCAGGCAGGAAAGAGCAAGCUCAGUACUGGUAGCCCAGGGACUGGAAGAGAGAGGCGCUCCCACCGCACUACUAUAAAACCGAAAGUAAGCAGCGCGUUCCCUGUUGCUCUUCGGUUCAAGUCAGCAGAAGAUUUCAGAAUGCCGGACAAAACAGUGUACGUUACCCGCAGGAUUCCUCAACCAGGAAUUGAUAAACUAAAAGAGGUAUUUGAGAUUGACCACUACGACAGCGAUGAUGCUAUUCCCCACCAAGUGUUGGUAGAGGCAUUGAAAGCAAAAAAAUACGAUGCCUUGUUGUGCAUGUUGACAGAUCAAAUUGAUGCUGAAGUGUUGGAUGCAGCAGGUCCACAGCUGAAAAUUGUGGCAACAAUGUCAGUUGGUUUUGAGCACAUCAAUCUUCAGGAAUGUAACAAACGAGGCUACUUGGUCGCCAACACGCCUGGUGUGUCCACGGACUCUGUGGCUGAGCUGACGUGUUCUCUGCUUUUGAUGACCGCUCGCAGACUGCCAGAAGGAGUGGAUGCCGUCAAGAAUGGAGAGUGGGGUCUGUGGAAGCCCAUGUGGCUCUGUGGUACUCAGCUCAACAACAGAGUGCUCGGAAUCUACGGACUGGGCAGGAUUGGCUUCAACGUUGGGAGAAGACUCAAGCCUUUUGGCUUCUCCAAAAUCUACUACACUGAUGUUCAUGAGGUCAGCUAUGCAAAAGAUCUUGAUGCAGAGUUCACUGACUUUGAAGGACUCCUUACUAAGUGUGAUUUCAUUUGUGUUUGCUGUAACCUGACUCCUCAGACCAGGCACAUGUUUAACAGGGACACGUUCAAGAAGAUGAAGAACACGGCCAUCUUGGUCAACUCUGGCCGCGGCGGGGUCAUCAACCACGACGACCUUGUGGAUGCGCUGAGGAGCGGGGAGAUCCAGGCGUGCGGCCUGGACGUGACGGAGCCUGAGCCUCUACCCAAGGAGCACCCUCUGGUGUCAAUGAACAACUGCGUCAUCCUGCCACACAUGGGCAGCAACACGUGGGACUCUCGCAAUGCCAUGGCUUGUAUCGCAGCGAGGAACUGUAUAGCUGGGGUCAGCGGCCAGACGCCCGAGGGGAAUAUUAGUACCAAUGCCUCUUAAGAUUUGAACAGUUUUGCGCUAUUAUUAUAUACAUGUAUAUUGAAAGAACAAAAGAAGAAAGUCAACACAAUCCUAAGUUGUUUAUUUGCAGAUCUGCUCAGUACCCUGAUAAAAAUGGAGGCUCUCCAAGCCCAUUGAAGAGCCCAGAUUGGAUAUGCUUAAUAUUUGAUCGGUUUUCUUAAUUCCGUUUCCAUCGGGUAGUAUACGACUUGUUGUAAAUGUAAAAUUAUUUUUAUUUUGUCUUCGUCUGUGUGUAUUUGCAAUACACGUUUAUUUGCCAUAAUCUAUGUGUUAUUUAAUCUAAUCUUCUACUGGGGUUCCGGAAACUGAUUUUUUCCCCCAAACUCCUUCUUUUUGGGGGGAUUCUGAGGAAAACUCCUAGUUCUGUCAUUGAGUGUUGGCAUGUCGGUAUUUGCGAAAGUUUCCUCUCAGCCUUUCAGCCACUGGCUUCUGUUGUGCGUGCUGGUAACAGCUUCUGUCACUGUUUCCCUGUAGAUUAUGACAGGUGUUUCAAGUCAUAUUGCAGAUUUUUUGGAACAGCUGGGAGAAGCCAUGUUUUCCUCGGGGAAAAAAUGCACCCCUAUGCUAUUCAGUUAUUUCACUUUGAUAGAAUAGUCAGUUGCAAACUCAUUUUGUCAUCAGUGUGUCAACAGAGCCUGGAAAACAUAUGAUUAUAAGAAAAAUGGUGAUGAUUCAUGAAACUGUUUUUCUUCCUUUGGCAUGAAAUUGUUGCACCAUCUGAGCAAAUAAUAAAAGUGUUCUUUCCUUUUUUUCUACUAUAAAAAAAUUGUUCCACAAGUAACCAGUUGUCUGGGUUUUUUUUAUGUAUCAGCAAAUAAACUCCUGUGGAGGCAACAAAGUAUUUUUGAGUCUGACUUUUUCUACGACCUUCGGUGCAUUCUUUUCAUAGUUUACCAUUUUGUAAGAGUUAAAUUUUUUAAACCAGUUUUUUUUGGCCAUUUUGCUCUCAUUGGGUUCUGUUAGAUUAUUCAACUUUCUGCUUUAUUGUCUUGGUGUUUUUUUUUGCUCUCCAUUACUUAGCAUGACUGUCUGUACUGAUGGGCUAUUCUUUUUAGUUCCGCAAAACAUAGGUUACUUUUGAGGGAUUUGCUGUAAUUUAAUUAAAAUUUUUUUAAAAAGAACUUCGAUCCUAGUUGCUAUUUUUUGUUAUUGAAGAAAAUCUGUUGCUCCUCUACAGCUUCACAAGUAAGUGAUGUUGGCAUUGUGUCAACAUACGGUUGCUUCUUACGGUAUCAAUCUUGUGUGAUUUAACAUUAUGGUAUGCGACCUCAAGAUCUGGCGGCCAUAAUAAUCUCUUUGAUCUAUCAUGUGGUCAGUUAUAUGACUCAUAAAGCGUGACUUUACUCACAUACUAAUAAUUAGUUUUUAUAUUGAUUGGCAUGUAGUUCACAUGACUUAAGUUAUGGUGCUUGCAUAUUGCUUUAGCACUGUGAAAGAAUUUCUACUACGCAGGUAUAAACGCAAAUGCAGUAUUGAGGACUUUUUUUGUCAUUGUUUUAUCUUCAUGGUCAUUUAUUUCUGUGAUGAAGGGGAGAAGCUCUUUGUUCCAAAAUUUAGUUUCUUAAGGAAAUUCUCAUAGACAGUGAUCACUUUUAAGCUAUUCGUAAUUGGUGAAGCAGCCAGAGUUCCGAAGACAACAGACUUGUGAGAAUUUUUUUUUUCAAUUGCUGUACCCUACUAAAAGAAUACAACUUGCUCAACUGAAACUUAUCAGUACCCGACAUUUUUUUUAAAAGUCCAUUUGAAACAUGAAAACACUAAGAAGAUAAACAAAUGACUCUAUUUGUCCACAAAUGAAUGGUUGAUGUGUUCCUGUAAUUCUAUUUUUAUAUGUUUGCCUCGGAAGAAUUGCUUGUCUCACACGCAGUUAAGAACUGCAUUUUUAUGUUAUUAUGGUAUGCUUAAUUUUUUUUUCUUUCCAUUACUACCUUGACAAUGAGAUUGAGAUGGACUUGAAUGAAUCUCCAUUGCUGCCCGGUUGACUCUCACUGAGCCCCUUACACACUUAUCCCUUCCAUGGGGUUGUCAAGCAUUAUUUUAUUACUUUAACUUGUGACUAUACUAGGUACUUGUACUAUAAUUGUGAUGCUAGAAACUUAAAUGCUUCUGUUGUUGUUAUUUGUGCAUUUUUCAUUUCAUUUAAAGUUUCAUUCUAAUCUUAUUAUCACGCUGAAUUUUGUGAUACAAUUUCUGAAUUGCUGCCAACAGCUUUUCAGUAGCUCAAAUACUUUUACAUUAAUGAACUAGAAAAUUUUCAUAAGAGAGUACUGUGUUUUGUUUUGAUAAUUUCAAAUUGCUGGGGUUCAUGCCUGUCAUUAUCACUAUUUGGGGGGCCUUAAUUAAUCAAGUUCAAAAGAUCUUUUUAAACAAAAUGUUCAAAAGCCUUAACAAUAACAAUUAUCAUGGUUUAAAAAGAUACAACAAACAAUUAUCACGGUUCUUCCUCUCGUUUUUUCUUCCCCUUUACUGAAAGUAGAUGUAAUUUUUAAGAGUAAUUUUACUUUGUAGUUUCUGAGUCAUCUCAUUCCAAUACUGUUUGAUUAGUGAAAGGUAAACAUGAGGAAAGAAAAAAAUUGAAUAUGUGUUUUUUUCUAAAUUGACAUUUAUUAAUUUUAAUGUUCAACUUGAUUGGCUGGUUUGUCUUUCUCAAGACUUCUUUUUGUUUUUCAUGAUACUUGUUUAAUGUUGGUGGAUCUUUAACUUAUACUCAAUAAAGUGUCAAUUUUUGCUCAGUGUUUC